UUCUUGUUGAUGUUAAAAAGCUGUCAUAUGUCAGAUAUUAAUUAAACCGUGAUUAUGAUAUUUUGAUAACAUUAUAUCAUUUUUACUUAUCAAACGUGUCGGUUGUGGUGCUACAUGUUAUAAUAAUACGUAUAGUUUAAUAUAUACUUGAUUGGCGCACGGCAACUCACUGCGUGUUUGUCGGCGCAAUGGAGUACUGUCCACCAAACGUGACCUUGACUGAAAUUUGGGUGGAUCAUGGAAUAUCGCAAUGCUUUAUGGAAACGGCUUCUGCCGUUUUCAUUGGAGGAUUUCUACUCGCGUUUGGCACGUUCCAAAUAGUUAUGUAUAAACGAUAUGCUAUGGAAGUGGUUGAUAUCAGACCAUCAAAGUGGUUUGCUGUACAGUUGUUUUUCACUUUAUUUAUACCUGUUUUAGCUGUGAUAAGAUUCCUUUUACAAGCAUUUGUUUUUAAAGGAGGGCAUAUUUAUGGUUAUAUGAUUUUAGCUUUAGUGGUUACCUUAGUUGUGUUUCCGUUAUCAGCUUAUUUAGCGGUAUUAGAAAGAAGUUACCUGUUACCAUCUCUACCUCCCAGAGCCCAUGGAUUUGUGCUACUUAUUUUUUGGGCUAUGAUAUUUGUGUCAGAAAACUUAUCAUUCUUGAAUCUUAAUAAGAAAGGAUGGUGGUGGCAUCUCAGAGAUUUACAAGAUCGUUUGGAGAUGUCUCUAUUUGUUGGAAGAUAUGUUUCAUGUAUGAUCAUGUUUAUUCUUGGAAUGAAAGCUCCAGGCAUUCAGCAUCCAUUUGAAUAUCUAGAUAAUGAUAAUGGUAUUCAGCGCAAUAUUCCGCCCAGGGACGACAACAGAUCGACGUUCCGCAAUGUAUUCGGCAAGCUGCGUACGCUUCUGCCGUUUCUGUGGCCGCGCAAAUCUCUGCAGCUGCAGUUCUACGUGAUGAUAUGUAUACUGGCCUUGGUCGCUGGACGAGCUAUCAACCUUUAUGUACCCAUUUAUAAUAAGAAAAUAGUGGAUAGUUUGGCAGUGCCCCAGUCGUAUCGAUGGGAUCUGGUCGUGAUAUAUGUGUUCUUCAAGUUUCUGCAAGGCGGCGGCACUGGGGGUAUGGGAUUCUUGAAUAAUCUCCGAUCAUUUCUAUGGAUUAAAGUGCAACAGUACACCACAAGAGAGCUGCAGCUAGAGCUUUUCAGGCAUCUUCACGAUUUGCCUCUGAAAUGGCACUUAUCUCGCAAGACCGGCGAAGUGCUGCGAGUGAUGGACCGAGGCACGGAUUCCAUAGACAAUCUCCUCUCAUACAUUUUGUUCUCUAUAACACCAACUCUUGUUGAUAUUGUGGUCGCUGUUGUGUACUUCAUCACACAAUUCAAUGUUUGGUUCGGACUUAUUGUAUUCUCCACUAUGGUACUUUAUAUUGUUGUGACAAUAAUGGUGACGGAAUGGCGUACGAAGUUCCAGCGGCGAAUGAACUUGGCCGAUAACGAACAGAAAGCGCGCUCUGUUGAUUCCCUCUUGAAUUACGAAACUGUGAAAUACUACGGCGCGGAAGGGUACGAGGUUGUGUCCUAUAGAGAAGCGAUUGUUAAUUAUCAAAGAGAAGAAUUCAAAUCCCUAAUAACUUUAAACAUGUUAAAUACGUUGCAAAAUAUUAUAAUUUGUGGAGGUCUAUUGGCUGGGUCGCUUUUGGCUGUUUACAUGGUGGUCAAAACUUAUGAGUUGACAGUCGGUGAUUACGUACUGUUCGCUUCUUAUAUCGUACAAUUGUACGUACCGCUUAACUGGUUCGGCACUUAUUAUAGAGCUAUCCAAAAGAACUUCGUGGACAUGGAGAACAUGUUCGAGCUGAUGCGCGUAGACUCGGACGUGUGUGACGCGCCGGGUGCGCCCGAGCUGGCGGUGCGGCGCGGCGGUGUCGAGUUCAAGCACGUCAGCUUCGGCUACGGACCCGAGCGGCUCGUCCUCAGCAACGUCAGCUUCCGCGUCGCACCAGGAUCUACUGUCGCAUUGGUAGGACCAAGUGGUGCAGGUAAAUCGACAGUAAUGCGACUGCUGUUCCGCUUCUACGAUGUGAACGAGGGCGCGGUGCUGGUGGACGGACAGGACGUGCGCAGCGUCACGCAGGCCUCGCUGCGCAGGAACAUCGGUGUCGUGCCCCAGGAUACUGUGCUCUUUAAUAACACUGUCAGAUACAACAUCCAAUAUGGACGACUAAACGCGCCGACCUCUGACGUCAUAGCUGCCGCCAAGAAUGCUGACAUUCACGACAGGAUCCUAACAUUCCCAGACGCUUACGAUACUCAGGUGGGAGAGAGAGGGCUGCGCCUGAGCGGCGGCGAGAAGCAGAGGAUAGCGAUAGCGCGUACGCUGCUGAAGGACCCCGCCAUAGUGCUGCUGGACGAGGCCACCUCUGCGCUCGACACCAACACGGAGAGGAACAUACAGGCUGCACUGGCCCGCGUUUGCGCAAACCGGACGACACUGAUCAUAGCACAUCGGCUGUCCACUAUCAUACACGCUGAUGAGAUCCUCGUUCUCAAGGAGGGAGAGAUCAUUGAGAGGGGCAAUCACGAAGCGUUAUUAGCACAAAGCGGUUUCUACGCGACGAUGUGGCAACAACAGUUGGAGAAUCGCAACUCUGAGGCCAACAAUAAUAACAACAACAACACAGAAGCCCCGCCCCCACAGAAUGCUUUGCCCAUGUUCGGUCACGGACACGGCCACGGACACUAGAUAGGCAAUAGGCAAUAUUUAGGGUCGCAACCCACUUGCACUUACUUACCAUUUUUAAUAAGAUAUUAAGAUUCGAUGAAUCGUUAAAUUAGUUUUAUAAAACUUUAUAUACUUCUUGUAAAUUAUAAAUUUAAGUCACAACUUUGCAUCUGUGAUCAAAAAGAAUCGACAUUAUACAUUUUAUAGACGUUUAGCUUUGGAUUUUUUUUGAUACAUGUAAAUUAAAAUUUGCAUAAAAUAAUA